AUGGCAAGAUUACAGAUGAUGUGCUUUUCUUCCACCGAACCCCAGACAGCCAAGGUGAGAAGCCCUCAGCAGGUCUCCAAGCAGAUGAACAAACCACACCAGAUCCACAGCGAUGGGAGGGUCAGACCAGCUGCACCGCGAGUACUCAACGACAAACCUCAGACUCCUCACAGGCUGUCCAACCCCAAUGGACAGAAUGUCUGUGUCAUCAUGACGAGGGACAUCAGGAUGGUCCCGUCAGAACGAAGGUCCUCACGCCCGCCUUCAGCACAGCCUCCUUCCUCCUCUGCAGCUCUCAGUCCAGAACUGAAGCUGAAGCUGAAGGAGCUGCUGAAAACGUUCCCUCAUGGACUGUGGGCCAACGCGCUGCCGAAGGUUUUCCAGGACAAAUACAAAACCAAACUGCCAGAAUACGUCCUGGAGAACCUGGAUCUCCUCAAAGACGUCUGUGAUAUCAUCUGUCCACUGCUUGAUGACCCAAGGAAGAUCAUCCUGUACAGCAGGACCCCACCCUGAAGGAUGGCGAUGACAGGAGGGACUCCAAAACCCAUGUUUGAAGACAUUUUUUACAUAAUAAUAAUAAUAAUAAUGUUUAGUGUAGAUUGGAGGGCGUUUCCUUUCCUGCCCCAGCUGCUAAUAAAAAAGCCAAGAAAAACCCUGCUA